UCCAGACAAAACGCACGACUGCGUGCGAAGAGCGGCUGUUGGACGUGUCGAGCUCGUCGUAAGAAGUGUGACGAGACCCGACCUAACUGUCACAGGUGUUCGCAGAGUCGUCGGCUUUGUACCUGGCCCAGGCAUGACCAAAUGACUGACCGGCGUUGGCUACCCCGAUCAAAGUCUUCUCAGAUCACGGAUAGAAGUUUUACUAAUAUAGCGAUUGAUGUGCUACAAUCUACCGAUUACGGAAUCCUCGAGCCUAUCUUGAUAGAUCAUUUUAUGGACAAGUUGCUGCCACUGCUUUGGAAUCCGGAAAGCUCUAGUGAGUUUCACGAGCAAGUCACUCUCGAAGUACAGCAAGAUGUCCUUCAUUGCGAACAACUACGAUAUACCGUUCUGGCCAACGCAGCGUCCCAUCUGUAUCUGAUUGGCCAAUCGCCCCGGAUGCAAGACCUCGCCUUGAACUAUUAUUCAAAAUCUUUGCGAGAAAUGUCCAGGGAGAUAGCCAAGCCAACCUGUAUGGUUGAUGCUACAUCAGGUGCUAUGCUCAUUGCUAUCAUCCUGCUUUACUUGCACGGGGUCAUCGGUUUGGGAACCACUCAGGACUCUUUGGUGCAUGUUGAUGCUGCAGCCAUACUACUACAACACGAAUACCACUCUCCGAGCAUGGUCAUUAUGUGCAGCCGCAUCGGAAGGAUGUUGAUCGAGAGCGUGGCUUUUCAGGUCUUUCUUCUUACAAUGGGACAAUGGUCAAAGCCCGAGCAAAUCACACGGCAACACUCGCCCCAGUUUUGGAUUGUCUGUGACGGUCUCCUCCGAAGAUUGACUAAUGCCUUUGGUGACUCGGUUUCGAUGCAGAAUCCAGUCCUGGGCAUGGAUAUGGGCAUUCUCAAAUUGAUGACAACAAUCAAACAAUGCUUCUCAGUGGAAAUUACCUCCAAAGAACGACAAAGACUUCUAGCCGAAGCGGUGGAGGAAACUCCUCUGUGGUUGGCAUGGCUAGAGCUCUUGCAUGGCCUUCGAACAAUGACUGGCCAAGGGCUCUAUGGCAACUGCAUAGCUAGCGAUGCAGCACGACUCACGAUCCUUGCUGCUUCAAUAUUUGUAGAACAUCUGUCGCAACGUCCUAAUUCGUACUUGACAUUGCCUCACCCGAGCGUUUCGGAUUGGCAGAUGGAGCAAAUUCUCGCCAUCCUGAGGAGAAGGCGCAACGAUGCAGCCUGGUCGAGCUCUUAUCUCGGAAGCUGGCCCGUAUACACUGUGGGAAUUUUUAUGUGCUCACGCGAGCACAUUGAACUUGUGCGAAAUGAUGUGAGGGAGCGAUGGAACGCACUACGCAUGUCGAGCAUCAAGCGAUACUGGGAUGACUUGGAGAAGAUCUGGAAAAAUGUUCCU